AUGGCGGCGCCACGGAGCUUGACCGUGAGCGUGGCGGACCGUGCGCUGCGGGGCGUGGCGGACCUGAUCAAGCUACUCCCAAGCGGCACGGUGUUCCUGCUCCAGUUCCUUUCCCCGCUGGUGACCAACAACGGGCAUUGCGCGACGUUCAACAAGGUACUCAGCGGGACGCUGGUGGCCCUCUGCGGCGUCUUCUGCGCCUUCUCCUCCUUCACCGACAGCUACGUGGGGUCCGACGGCCGCGUCUACUACGGCGUGGUGACGCAGCGGGGCCUGCGCACCUUCACGCCCGACCCGGACGCCGCCGCCCGGGACCUGUCGGCGUACCGCCUCCGCGCGGGCGACUUCGUCCACGCCGCGCUGGCGCUGCUCGUGUUCGCCACCAUCGCGCUCCUCGACGCCGACACCGUCGCCUGCCUCUACCCGGCGCUCGAGCUCAGCGAGCGCACCAUGAUGGCCGUGCUCCCGCCCGUCGUCGGCGGCGUCGCGGGGUACGUGUUCAUGGUGUUUCCCAACAACCGGCAUGGUGUCGGGUACCAGCCCACGACCGCCACCGAGGACUUCCAGCACAAAUACUAG